UAAAUGCUACUAUUUGUCAGCACGUAGUAUAAUAGCGUUACGUGUCAGACUCGACAAGUAGGGAGUGAGGAGGAGAGUUCGUAACGUUAUAUCAUCUUCAGGUAGAGCAAUUACUGUAAAACACUUGCGAAAAUUUUAGUCUUAUGUCAAAGGCAUAACAGGCAUAACAUCCUCCUCUCCUCCUCUUCCCUCUCCGUGGCUGAGGCACGUCGCCUGGCCCUUCCUGCAAACUCUUCCUCUCCCUCGUCUUCCUCCUCUCCCUCUUCUCCUCUUCCUACUCUCCCUGUCUCCUGUGGAAAAUCACUGCAAACGCAUAUUAUAAUAUGUAACGUUAAGGGUUAUCCUACCAACCUAACGAUUAUUUGCUGCACUGUGCCAUGACUUUAUUUAGCAUUCACGUUACUGCGCUAAUGUUUGCUCGUGUUACCAAAAUAAGUAGGAAUAAAAUACUCCUAACCUCUCACUGUUAACCUAUAACAUAUUGUAAUAUGGUUUAGAUCUUCACCUCAUUGCACGUUGCUUCGGAUAUGUUACCGGCAGAGACGCUGCUGUCUGUCGUGGACGACGCCAUUUUUACAAAGUGUUUUGGUCCUCGGACGCCACCGUAACUUCGCCGACGGGAGGGGUGAGCACAGGCGAGCGAGUGAGCGCUGCAAUCUAGAAUCUAAACGCUACAUGUCACUGUUUUCAACCCAUUUUACACACUGACCCUUUAACAUACAUUUAACAUUGUGUUGUCAUCACGUGACCAAAGUUUGUGCGAAUGUGUGUUAGGAAAAUGGGAAAGCCUGUUAUUUUGUAUUCUCCAGUAGUGGAAAUAGACGAGUUUUUAUUUUUAUUUAUUCAUUUAUUUAUUUACUUUAACUUAUCACUAUGAAGUAAAUGUUGUAAAUAUUGGCUACAGAACGCAAGUCUGUCUGUCACCGGAUACGAACUGAUCUCCUGGGAAAAUAAAAGCUCGCACAAGUGCUUCAACCAUUGCACAACCCAAAGCAGGAAGAGGCUUUUGUUUUCCCGCGAGCCAACUUCUGACCCGCCCCAUUCUGCCUCCGAUUGGCUGGUUGUCGUUGCCUUCGUUGGUUUGAUUGGUUCGGUUUGGGCAAGAGGAGUGAGAUUGGUUGUGGGUUUUAGGUUGAGAACAUCAAGAUAGACCAUUCAGAGGGAGAAAGGCAGAGUAGGGCGGGUCGUGUUUCUACCAUCCCAGGAAAAUAACAUGCUCCCAGCUAGCUAUCAUUAGCUUCCCCCAAAGUUCUUAGCAGUUACUGUUAUAGACAUACAAAAAUGGCGGACGAUGGAACGACCGAAGUAACUGUGAAAACUGCACCCCGCAGAAGAAAAAGAGCCCCGAUGACGGAGGAGGCAAAACAGGCGAAGAGGGAGGGUGAUAAAAACAGAGGUAGAACCAGAGUGAACCUCGGACUGGCAUUCAACCGGUGGAGAGAGCUCCGCAACUUGAGAGGAUUCAAAAGCGAUAUUCAUCUGGCUUUCUUCCUGUUGGAUCAUUAUGCCAAGUAUAGCAUGAUGAUGGCUUCUGCUGGAACAUGUAGACAAAAGCCAGCGGCACCAUCAAGACCUGGACGUGUAGCAGCUGCAAGUUUUGUGGAGAUGGAGGUCACCAUUGAGGAAGAGGUGGAGGAGGAAAGCAACAGUGUGAAGAACAGACUAUCUGACUUGGAGAGUGAUAUGGAAAGCACCACAGAAUCAACUGAGCUGAGUGCUCCAGGAGCUGAUAACAGCUGUGACGGAGACGUCUACGUACCAGUAAUGCCUCAGAGUCACAAAACAUCUGAACUUAAACUGGAGUGUGAAGAAGAGGAGCUGGAGCCAUGGCAGAAACACACUUUACAUGUUCGCUUGAAAGAAGAGCAUGAUGUUGGAGAGUUGAGUGAUGACAAAACAGAUUGUAAACCAAAUUCUUCGUCUCUUCAGAGCUGGGCAGCUGGUCAGCACACUGUGACACCUGAGGCCUGUGGCGCUAGCCACACUUCUGAGGGACAUCAAAUCAGCAACAACCCCAUGUCCUUAUCCAGUGUCCAGAGUCCUGAAGUAUAUGCAGCAUCAUCUGACAAACUGCAGUCAGACCAGUCCAACUCACAGACCUUCUCUGUACCUUUUCCUCCACCGUGCCUUACUGCGAUUAAACUUGAACCAACUGAAACAUGAAACAUAAAAUAAUAACCUGAAACAAAAGGGGAAGUUCACAAGUUACAGUUACACACAAUUUGUUGUCGAACAUAAAUGUGUCAUAUCUGAUGCACAAAUUGAUAAAUUGCAGAUUAUUUGCACAUCUAAGUGUUGUCUCCUCCGACAUGAUGACAGUCUGGGGAACCCUGUUCACAACACCUGUUACCUCAAUUACCAAGUCCACAUAAAACGAAUCCAUUUAUUGAAAACUUUGGUACCAGCCUUUUGGUUAAAUGCUACCUCAUAUGUACAGGUUUGUAAUACAGUGUAUAGCGAAAUAAAUUCUUUAAUUAAAACUCA